UUCUACGAAUUCGCGAGUGGCAUGCUAAAAAAAAACGAGCUAAAGAAAAAGGCAAAAAGAAGGAAGUCGAUCUCGUCAUUGUUUAGAAUCUCUGAAUUCUUCUACAAAUAAACGAACACACUUACACAGAUAUGGCGUUAAAGAGAAUAAAUAAGGAACUUCAAGAUUUAGGGCGAGACCCACCAGCCCAGUGUUCAGCAGGUCCAGUAGGAGACGACAUGUUUCACUGGCAGGCAACUAUAAUGGGUCCACCUGACAGUUCUUAUCAAGGUGGUGUGUUUUUCCUGACCAUACACUUUCCUACAGAUUAUCCCUUCAAACCACCCAAGGUGGCCUUUACAACAAAAAUUUACCAUCCAAACAUUAACAGCAAUGGAAGCAUCUGUCUAGACAUCUUAAGGUCACAGUGGUCGCCUGCGCUCACAAUCUCAAAAGUGUUACUGUCAAUCUGCUCGCUCCUCAAUGAUCCCAAUCCAGACGACCCACUGGUGCCCGACAUAGCCCGUAUCUACAAGUCCGAUAGAGGAAAAUACAACGAAACGGCCAAGGAAUGGACGAGAAAAUACGCCAUGUGAUCAAACCCUCCCUAUCCCUAAGAGAGAAAAAAAAACACCCACACACAAAAUUAAUAAACGAAUCACUGAAGAUCUCUGUAUCAUCAGAUGAGAAAAAUAAAUUCCCCGAGUGUAAGCUGGACAGAUCGGGAAGUAGUGAGUUUUGGGUAGUCUUGAUAUUCUCACAACUUGUUCCCCCCUUACCAUUUUGAAACCCCACCCCUUUUUUGGGUAAUUGUCGUCUUGUGGGGGAAGGGUUGUCGUUUUUUGUUACAGACACUCGAGUGUUUACUUAAUUUGAUUUUUUUUAUGGUUUAUCAUUCGCAAGGUCAUUUAUAAAACAUAUCGUAGAAAUCCAAAACUUUUCACACGUGACUGGAAAAAAAAAAUUUGAAACACCGAAUUGUUAAAUAAAGAUAAUUGUGGUUCAUAAACAUAUGUUUUUGGUAACUUCGGUGGAGUCACUUCUGAUAUUCAAAUGUAAAAUAUUACCGUUUGGAGCCGAAAUUGUUCAGGUAAGGAAUUCUAGUUGAGUAAGGGAGGAAAAUGAUCUAAAUUCCACCAUUUUGAACCCUUUUUUUUUUUUUUCUAAAUAGCCUUGUUGAACGAAUUUGCUGUUUUUGUUUUUUGGUGUGUCAAUUUUUUUUGUACGUGACAGCACUAAUGCUUCAAGCAUACGUCGUCGUUUCUCUCCCCUUCGCCCCCCACCCCUGCUCCCCGACCAUCGUUUACACACCUCAAUGGCCAGGAACAGAAACCUUCCCCGCAGCUUGUAGAAACUUUUCUGUCCUGACUUUUCCUGGCUUUCUCUCCAAGACCAAUGUUUUGUAGAAGAUAGGGAAUCUUUUGAGUUGUACAGUAGGUACCGUAAAAAAAAAAAAUUUAAAAAAAAUUGUGUUGAUACAGGAAGCAUCAGUUGUGUAAAAGGCAAAUCUAUCGUAAUGGACACAGAAUCCUUGUUAGGUUGUGGACGGUUAGAUGCGGGAAGUUUUUAAGGAAAUUGGGGUCGUUGCUCGUAAUCCACACAUCACAUGGUUCAGUGGAGGAAAAAAAAAAAAUUAUGCAAUCUGAAGACUGUUUUUUCAAACUGAUACCAUUCCUUAUUUAAGUACCAGUACCUCAUUUCUACUUCUGUUACGAUGGAUUUGGUCUGUGCGUGUCUCGUAUGUGUAAUGUGCAUAAUGGCUUCUCACUGUUCCUACCUAUUGUUCUUAGAAAUCCUGGUUUGAAGUAUUUCCAUGGUGCCAUUUCAUUUGUAAUCAAUCUGGGGUGGGUUUUUUUUUAAUGACACUUUGUAAUUUAGUGGAAAGACUAAUUUUCCACCAAAAAAAAUGAAAAAGAAUACGCUUAUAAUAACAUCUGGUACAUGCACACUAAUUCGAUGUCAUUUUUUACAAAUUAUUGUAAAAUUGAGGUAGCGGCCAUCUUGGUGUAGUUCCUCGAAUGCUUUAUUAAGAUAACUUGUGUUGAGUCAUUGGAACAUGGGCACCAACCUAUUUUCCAUACGUUUUUUUUGUUUCUAUUGUUUUCCAUAAUCCGACGUGCAUAAAAGCCAAACUUACUGCUGUUACAUUAAAAUAGACCUUUUUGCUUCAAAACCAUGCAAUUUCUCAAGCAAGUCUAAGCACCAGUAUUGGAUUCAGUUCUCUUUGGGGAAAAAAAACAUUGUGAAUUCCACAGAAUUCCACGGUGAACCCAGAAAUCACAUUUGUAAAAUUGUACAUGUUUGUUUUGAUGUAAGUUUUAAGUAACUCACACUUAUACACGAGCUUGGACCCUUGCAGCAAUGGUCUUUGUGUAGUUUGACCUAAAAAAAAAAAAGUUGCAAGCAAAAACCUAGCUCAGCUUGACUUAAACCCUAACCACCCCAACAUUUCAAAAUCCAACUGCAUGUCUUGUUGGAAUCUGUUGGAGUGAGUACUGCACUAGCAAACUGAUUAUGCUUUACAUGGGUUCAGGCAUACCACCAUAAUCAGAGUCCAACAGUUGGGUGUUGAGUUAACCAUAUCGUCACCGACACCACGAAGGAACACCCAAGUCCAGUGUUACUUCGUGAAAACCGCUACGUGACCAAUUUUGGUUUCACGAAGUAACAACCAAGUGUGCAUGAAUAAAUCAGACACUGGCGUGAACAAUUUCCGUUUUCACAAAGUUACAAAACUGUUACGGAAAUACAAUUUGGGUAAAGACGUUUUAAAACGUUUUGAUAGGAAUGUCAUUAAUCCGUAUUCUUGUGGGAUUACAGAAAAAUUCAAUGAAAGGCCUUUAAACUCGUGAAAUAAAGAUGGGUGUUACUUCGUGAAAACGAAACUGUUCCGAGUGAGCACAUAGUGUACUUGGGUGUAACUUCGUGAAAACGAAAAUCACUCGGUUCUGUAAAAAAAACGCAUGCGUAGCACGCACUCGAGUCCACUCGGGUGUGACUUCCUGGUGUCGUUGACGAUAUGGUGUUGGAUUUUGCCAGACUGAGGAGGUUCAUGCCAAAUCACUCAAGGGGUUAGGGUUGAUCCUGCAGAUACUCACUACCCACGUCGAGAAAUCCACUUUUAAAUUUUGGCACGCUUUUAGUAAAUUGCUUGUAAUCCUCCAGCUUGAUUUUGACUUUUACACUGAACUCUGUAAUUGUGAAUAUACCUAAUUUGCAUAUUGUUAACGAACCCAAUGACCUGGGUCUUGUCAAUAUCCUAGUCCUCUUGUUUACUCGCUUUAGAUUAUACACUAGUGCACAUGAGUCCAGAUUAACAGGAAAUAAAUGUUUAUCAUGUAAAAAAAAACUUGGAGAAAAAAGUUUGUUGAUAUUUUCUUUCUUUUUCAAAAUCUCUCGCAUUAUUUCCCAGAGUAGAAGGUGACAUAUUGCCCACACAGUACAAACUUCCUCAGGUUUGGUUCCCAGACUUGUUAGCCUUGCUGAUGCUGCAGACACGAUAUCAGUGACCAGACUAAUUACUCGGGUUGGCAGCCAUAAUGAAAAGCGUGUGGGUCAACCUCGUCCCCAGGGUGUUGAGCAGUACGCGCCCACCAUUACCUGCUCACUAUUGGAAACUACAUGUAGGUUGAAAUUAAAGUAAGCCCUUGGGACGAGGUUGCAUGUGGGUGUCUUCAUGAGCCUGAUGUAGUAUGUGAAAAUCACUUAAUUUUUUUUUACAGAAUUUACUUUGGGAGAGGCUAUGAAACAAUAAUCAAUCUCUUUUGUAAAGAAAUUGCUUUAAAAACUGCAUAAGCUUUAAAUUUGAACAUUCAUUAGGUGUUGGGAGACGAUCAGACGAGUGUUAUGUGGAGAGUUUUGUUUUGAGAGUCAUGUUUAAAAAAAAUGGUUGUAGUCCCUGAACCUUUCUGAUAAAAUUACUAUUAUUGUAAAUCUUAUUUUGUAACUAGUGAUCAUAUAUACCAGAACAAAACAAAAACAUUCUCUGAAAGUUUCUGAUGUGUUUUUUUUCCCUGAUGGCUAACACUAGAGCUUAUCUUUUCGAAUAAUUCUGUGCAUUUGAGACAAAUGUAGGUACAUGCACUUCAAUGCUGUAUUUAUUUUUAAGGAAAAAACCAUUGUCAUGAUGUCUUAAUCUCCAAAGAUUUUGACCCCCUACAACAAAGAAUUAUUUUAUUUUUUUGUUUUUCCCUCUUUCGAUUAAGCUACAAUGUUUAAUGGUCCUUGUCCCCAUCUUUAGCAAAAGCCCAGGUUUAGUUUUGUUAUUGCUGUUUACAUGUUUCAACCAAUGUUGUUUGUGCCAUGUACGGGUUGGUAAACACCGAU